AUGUCAUUCAAAGUUAAUUGGAAUUCAUUAGAAACUGAAUCUUUAUCUACUUGGACAAAAGAUAUAUUAACAAAUGCUUUAAAUUCAGGUAAAUCUCCAAAUAUUUUAGCAUCAAAUAUUAUUAUAAAAGAUUUAAAUUUUGGUAAAACAGCACCAGAUUUUGAAAUUUUAGAAAUUGGAGAAUUAGAUAAAGAUAGAUUUAGAGGAAUAUUUAAAAUUAAUUAUUUUGGAGAUUUUCAUUUAACUUUACAUACAAAAGUUCAAGCAAAUCCUUUAAAUAUUUAUUAUUCAAAUUCAAUGUCUCAAGAAAUUAAUCAAGAUUAUGAAUUUAUAACUCCUCAAUUUGUUUUAUCAAAUGAACAAUUUGCUAUACCAUUAGAUUUAAAAUUAUCAGAUAUUAAAAUUAGUGGUAUUGGUACUAUAGUAUUUUCAAAAUCAAAAGGUUUAACAUUAGUUUUUAAAAAUGAUCCAUUAGAUAGUAUAAAAGUAAGUUCAACUUUUGAUACUGUUCAAGUUUUAGCAAAUUUUUUACAAAAACAAAUUGAAUCACAAAUUAGAGAUUUAUUUAGAGAAACUUUACCAACUUUAAUUCAUCAAUUAAGUUUAAAAUAUUUAAGUUUAGAUAAUAAUAUAAAUGAAUUAAAAAAUAAAUUUGCUUCAAAUGUUACUGUUGAUAUUAAUAAUAAUAACAGUAGUAAUAACAGUAAUAGCAGCAACAAUGGAAAUACAUCUACCUUAAAAUUAUUAGAAGGUGAAGAAGAUUUAUCUUUAAUUUAUUCAACAAAAAAUUUACAAAAAAAUUUACAAUAUUAUAAAUCAAGAGAAACAAUGAGUUUAAAUAUUCCAAAAUUUAAAUAUAUAAUACAAAGAACUCAUAUGGAUAAAUUUAAUAAAAAUUAUCCAAAUUUAUUAAAUUCAUUAUCUAUAAAUAAUUCAGAUUUACAAAAAUAUAUUACAGUUUCAAAUCCAACCACUAAUAAUAAUGGUAUUCCAAUAGAUAUAUUAACAAAUGAAUCAUAUAAAAAAACAGAUGGCUUAUUAAAAGAUAUUUCAACUAUUCAAGCUAAUAGUUAUUAUAAAUAUACUAAAGAUGCUCCAAUAAAACCAAAAAGAAGAGUAAUUAAAUUUAAUAAAAAGAAAUCUACAUCAGAAUCAUCAUCUGUUAAUAAUAGUACCAUAAGAGAAUCAAUGACUACACCAAUGACACCAUCAACAUCAAUAAGUUCAAAUUCAACAUUAAUAGAAUCAACAAAUACAUUUGAAACUCCAACAAAACAGCAAAUACCAAUUACUUCAUUAAAACAUCCAACACCAAGAAAAGCUUCAAAAUUAGAUGAACAAGAAUUUAGUAGUAAUGAACAUAACAUCAAUCAUCAACAACAAUUACAACAAGAACAUCAACAAAAUUCACAAUCAUCACGUAUAUAUCAAGAAUUUUUAAAACAAACUCAAUCACCAUGUCUUUUAAAUAAAACAACAACAACAGGAAAUAAUGGAUUAGGUUUAGGAAAUUCUGGUUAUUUUAAUUUUGUACCUCAAAGAACUUUAAGUACUUCACCUAUAAGAAAUAAUAAAUUAUCAUUAGUUGAUUAUAAUGAGAAAAAGGAUCAAUUUGAAGAAUUAAAUAAUAAAAAAUCAAUUAAUCAUAUUGAUAUAACUAAAAUUAACAAUAAAUUAAAAGAACAAUUAAAUUUAAAAGAUUCAAAUUCAUUAGUUGAUAAAAAAUUAGAUAAAAUUGGAGGAAAUGGAUUUAAUAACAACCAACAACAACAAAAACCAAAUUUAAUUCAUCAAGAUUCUUUAAAUAAUUAUUCUGGAUUAUUUACUGUUCCUCCUCCUCCUUAUUAUCAUUAA